AUGAUUCAACGCGCAGAGAAAGUGGCGAGUGGCAGGAGUCGCUCAGACUCGUGCGGCACCAGGGUGCCCGAUGUCACACACGGCGCUCGAACAUCAGCGGCGAGCCUCCGCGCCCACGUGCCGGCCGCCCGCGCGGUCGUCCCGCCGCCCGCCGCAUCGCUGUCACUACACUUGUGCGCCCCGCGCUUUUCGCGCGCCUGCCUUUGCCGUCGCGACGCCGCGCCAUUUCCUCGCGCACGUAGGCGACGCCGCCGGUAA